AUGGCCGAUUAUAACAAAUGGAAAGUGACCGAGCUCAAGGCAGAGCUUAAGCGCCGCGGCGUGCCGCAAACAGGGCUAAAGCUCAAGCUAGACUUUGUCAACAAGCUCACUGAGCUAGAUUCCGAGGCGCAAGACGAGCCUGUAUCCGACGAAGUUGCGGCACCGCAGCCACCUAGCGAGCAGAAAAAGGAAGAUGGUGGGGGUGCUGACGAGGCAAAGUCCAAAGAAGGAGAAACUGCAGCGCCGCCGCAACCCGCAGCCGAAGCUCUUCCCACACAGGACGCUCCCAGUCCGCAAAAGUCGGAUCACGAUCAAGCUACGUUAGAUUCUCAGACAGUGUCCAAACCGGAGGAUAAUGUCCCAGAAGCGGAUCAACCAGACAAACGCGACGAACAGCCGCAAGCCGAGCAGCCCGUAGCGCUAGAUUCACAAGCAAAAGAACAGGAAAUAAAUGGUUCGACAGAACCUCAGGAUUCCGAAAGCCGAGAGAAAAGCGAGCUUCCGACUACUGAGCCUGCUGCCGAAGUGCCUGUGGCUGCGGAGCCUUUUUCAUCUACGCCCUCAGAGCCUGAAAUUGAGAAGCGCAAACGCAAACGACGAAGUCGCAGCCCACCUCCCUCAGAAGAGACUGUCAAGAAAUCCAAGGUAGACAAUGAAAACCCGGAAGUCGUCCUCAAGGAGGACCGGUUAUCCGCCACUGUUACUCCUGCUGCCGAACCCGCGAUUCCGCAAUCACGAGCCGAAAUGGAAACAACUGAAGAAAAGGGCGAAUACACACAACAGCCGUCCGAUUCAAGGCCGGAGAAAAAACAUGAUGGUUCGCCUGAACGACGGGAUCAUAGAUUUAAGGAUUUGCUUCCCCCGAACAAGAAGAGAAAGCGAACGCCGUCCCCCAGACUGUCUGCUCAACCAGAUGAGCGCGAGGUGGAACCUGCGCUACACCCGGCUACGUCUGCUAUAUACAUUCGGGAAUUGAUGAGGCCAUUGCAGCCUGCCAGUUUAAAACGGCACCUAACAUCGUUAGCCUCCUCUGACAAUGACUUCGAAGUCCUCUUGGACUUCUUCCUUGAUCCGAUCAGGACCCACUGCUUUGCUCUCUUUAAAAGCGUAUCCGCCGCAUCUCAGGUGAGGUCGAGGGUCCAUGGUGUCCCUUGGCCCAAUGAACGCGAUCGCAAACCACUGUGGGCUGAUUUUAUCCCGGAAGACAAAGUGAGUGACUGGAUUAAGACGGAGCAGGAAUCGGCAUCUCAAGGUCGGGCUGGCCCGCGUUGGGAAGUUGUCUACGAACAGACCGAAAAUGGGUUCGAGGCUUCUCUACAAGAAUAUCGUGGUACCACCACUGGACCUCCCCUUGCUCCUCGCCAAAGCAUUGACGCAGGCCCGCGGCGCCAUAGUCAACCUUCAGGGUCGCAGCCGCCGCCAGCAUCGCGACAGAGGGGCGGCGAAGGAUUCAAAGCCCUUGAUGAUCGCUUCUUAUCCACCACGACUAAGCCGAAGAUAUAUUAUCUUCCCGUGUCUCGCGAUGUAGUUGACACGCGUCUAGAACGGUUUGCUACAUUGUCGCGGCGAGGCUCCCAACAUCGGCAGCCCAGCGGAGAUGACAUGCGGCGCAUUACUUUUGAGGACGUCGAUGUCUUCGUUGACGGUGGUCCAGAGUACGGUUUGCCUCGCAACCGCGGUGGCAGACGCCCUGGUCGAGGUUCGUGGCGAGGCAGGGGGGCGCGCUAA